ACCACCUCGGAAACCAGUUUCGCGGGGAGAUGGGGACUGAACCACUGGAACAGGUCACUUGGUGGACUCUCUACUCUGGGGAAAGUGAUGAUGUGUACCCUUCAGUGACUCUACCAGAGCUAUGCCAUAAGGCUGAUGUCCAGUCUUUCAGCAGGGCCUUUCAGCCAAGUAUCUCUCUCACAGUAGCCGCCUUUGGCCUGGCAGGCAAUGGCCUUGUUUUGGCCACUCACCUCGCUGCCCACCGGACAGCCCGCUCACCAACCUCAGCUCAUUUGCUCCAGCUGGCCUUGGCAGAUCUACUUCUAGCAUUGACCUUGCCCUUCGCAGCAGCCGGAGCCCUGCAGGGAUGGACGCUGGGCAGCAUUCUCUGCCGAACAGUCUCAGGCCUCUACUCGGCCUCCUUCCAUGCAGGCUUUCUCUUCUUGGCUUGCAUAAGCGCUGAUCGUUACGUGGCCAUUGCUCAGGCUUCCCCAGGGGGCCACAGGCCCCCAGCUCCUGGGAAGACCCAUGUGGUCUCGGCAGCAAUCUGGCUGCUUUCCCUGCUCCUGGCCCUGCCCUCUCUCCUCUAUGGUCAAGAUGGGCAGCGAGAUGGUCAAAGGCGUUGCCGACUGGUAUUUCCUGAGGGUCUGACCCAGGCAGUCAAGGGGGCCAGCGCCGUGGCUCAAGUGAUCCUGGGCUUUGCGCUGCCCCUCUCAGUCAUGGUGGCCUGUUACGCCCUGUUGGGCCGGACACUGUUGGCCGCCAGAGGGCCAGAGCGUCGCCGAGCACUUCGCGUUGUGGUGGCCUUGGUGGUGGCUUUCGUGGUCCUGCAGUUACCCUACAGCCUAGCCUUGUUGUUGGACACCACAGACCUACUGACUGCCAGAGAGCGAAGUUGUUCAGCUAGCAAGCGCAAGGAUAUGGCACUAUUGGUGACCGGCGGCCUGGCCCUGGCUCGUUGUGGCCUCAAUCCUGUACUUUACGCCUUUCUAGGGCUGCGCUUUCGCCAGGAUCUCAGGAGAUUGCUUCGAGGUGGGUGCUUCCGAUACAGAUCCAGUCAACGAGGCCGCUGUCCUCGCCGACCCCGUCUUUCUUCAUGCUCAGCUCCCACAGAGACCCACAGCCUCUCCUUUUAGUGGACUCUCGUUCUCGAGGAACUGGGGAUGUAUAUAUGUAUAUGGAUGGAGAAUAGAGCAGGGGAUUGGAUGGUAUUGGGGGAAGGAAGUGACACAGGAGAGGAUGGGGAGACA